AUGCGGCGCCGCAGCAAUGCGCACAGCGAAGAAGAAGUUAUUCCCGGCACGCGACGACUAUACGAGAGCGGCCAAACCCUACCCGAAGACUCGUCGCUAGAGAAGUCGGGCAAUAUCCUCCUUGUGCCUCAGCCCACGAAUUCGCCCAACGAUCCGCUGCGCUGGUCCUUGUGGCGCAAGGUCUGGCACUCGCUCCUCGUCCUGUAUAUGGUUGGCUUCACCGCGGCAACCUCGAAUAACGCGGGAUCCGGCUCAGACGGUGUGAAUGAAGAGUAUGGCAUUAGCUAUGAUGUCUUCAACACUGGCGCUGGCGUGCUCUUCAUUGGUAUCGGCUAUUGGGCUCUUUUGAGCUCUCCUCUUGUGCAUUUGUACGGGCGGAGGUUGGGCUAUCUUGCCUCGCUCGUGCUCAACAUCGGCGGCCUUAUCUGGUAUGCGCGCAUUGACAGCGUCUCCGGUGUGGUGUGGAGUCAAUUGUUCGUCGGAGCUGCCGAGUCGGUCGGCGAAGCUACUGCGCAACUAUCGCUUCUUGAUAUCUGGUUUGAGCAUCAGACUGGUAGUGUGCUUGGAAUGUACACAUUUGCGACGGCCAUUGGCACCUAUCUUGGCCCUCUAAUCGGUGCCUACGUAUCUGAUGGACUUGGCUGGCGUUGGAUCGGCUACCUUGGUGCCAUCAUUUGCGGUGGCAGCCUUGUCGUUUUUUACUUUGGCUUAGAAGAGACGGAAUUUUCACGCGAUCGUUACCUCGCUGGUAAUAACGACCCUAUCAUCCUCGACGCCGAACAGCCUGUCGGUAAAAGCUCUCCAGACGAUACCAACGGCGAGAAGACAGUGUGCGAGUCCAACCCGGAGACUGCGCUUUCUGUGGAUCGGAAAAAGACUUAUUGGGAGCGUAUCCGCGUCAUCACUCCGGCACCGAACCUGCGCGGAACAGGUUUCAAGCAGUAUCUCAAUCGUCUGUGGCACACCCUCGGCGUUUUCACUUUCCCUGCUGUGUGGUAUGCCGGACUGCAAUGGGGCUUCCAGCAGUCUUGCUUGACCUUUUAUCUCACUCUACAAGAGGACACAUGGUCUGGCGAACCUUGGAAUUACGGGUCCGUUGCGGUGGGCAAUAUGAACAUCCCCACGCUGAUUGGCAGUCUUAUUGGCUGCGCUUAUGGAGGAUACGGGAGCGAUGCAUUCAUGCAGUGGAUGAUCAGGCGCAACAAAGGCGUUAUGGAGGCUGAAUACCGGCUGUAUCUGAUGGCACUUUGCACCUUGAUUUUCCCUACUGGCCUUUGGCUGUUUGGCAUCGGCACGGCCCGAGGUUGGGAUUGGCCGGUGCCAUACGUUGGGCUGGGCUUCAUCGGGUUUGGCUAUGGAUGCGCUGGUGACUUGAGUUUGUCUUAUCUUGCAGACUCGUUUCCUGAUAUGGUUCUUGAAGGCAUGGUUGGUGUCGCAGUCAUCAACAACACGCUUGCGAUGGUAUUUACCUUCGUCGCUAGCUUCUGGAUCGACUCCGGUCUGGAAAACUGCUUCAUCGUGCUUGGGGUACUAGGUUUACUGGUUAUGGGGCUGAGCCUACCCAUGGCCAUGUUCGGUAAGCGCACGCGGAGGAGGUUGAGGAAUCGGUACGCAACAUUCAUCCAGAUACGCGAUGGAUUCUCAAGGUAG